CGCAAAUUAAAGUUUCGUUUUCUAAUAGAAAAUAAACGAGCAACUGUUGUUCAAUGUGCACUUAGAACGGAUUGCGAUGAUUGUGUCCAACCUGAGUGUGCUCAGUUGUAGGAGGACGAAUAGCGCGCUGUGUCUCAGUGCAGUUGAUGGACAUCUGGAAGCUUCCUCCUCUUAUCGCACCCUGAGCCCCACCGGGCACCUGCUCGUGGCGUUGUGCUUGGGCUUAAUCGGCUCUUUAGGAUUCCUCAACAAUUUACUGGUUCUUGUGCUUUUCUGCCGCUACAAGGUGCUGCGGUCACCCAUCAACUUUCUGCUAGUGAAUAUAUCCUUGAGCGAUUUUCUGGUAUGUCUGUUGGGCACUCCGUUCAGCUUCGCGGCGAGCACUCAAGGGCGAUGGCUCAUCGGGCACAGUGGAUGUGUGUGGUAUGGAUUUGCCAACUCGUUGUUAGGCAUUGUAUCCCUUAUCUCGCUGGCCGUGCUGUCGUACGAACGCUACUGCACAAUGAUGGGCUCCACGGAAGCUGAUGCCACAAACUACAGAAAGGUGGCAGGUGGAGUGGUGAUGUCCUGGGUCUACUCUUUGAUCUGGACUCUGCCUCCUCUCUUUGGCUGGAGCCGCUACGGACCUGAAGGCCCUGGUACCACCUGCUCUGUGGACUGGACGACCAAUACAGCCAAUAACAUCUCUUACAUCAUUUGCCUCUUUAUUUUCUGCCUAAUUGUCCCGUUUCUGGUCAUAGUCGUCUGCUAUGGUAAGCUGCUGCAUGCCAUUAAACAGGUCAGCAGUGUGAACACGCCUAUGAGCCGCAAGCGAGAGCAACGGGUUCUUCUCAUGGUGAUCACCAUGGUGAUCUUCUAUCUGCUCUGCUGGUUACCCUACGGGAUCAUGGCUCUGCUGGCCACUUUUGGAGGUCCAGGACUGGUGACUGUGGAAGCUAGCAUUGUUCCCUCGAUCCUAGCGAAAUUCAGCACCGUCAUCAACCCUGUCAUCUACAUUUUCAUGAACAAACAGUUCUACAGGUGUUUCAGAGCCCUUGUGAAAUGUGACAAACCCCAGCGAGGUUCCAGUCUCAAAAGUACUUCAAAGGCAACAAAAAUUUUCCGGCCUGGGCGGCACAUGGACAAUGACUUUACUUUCUUCGUUGCCUCAGUGGGACACACGGUGGCCCCAAACCAGGCAAGUCCAGUGGAGGAGGAGAAGGUCUCUCCAUCAGCGGAUAAUGCCAAACCUGUGGUGUCUCUGGUGGCCCAUUACAAUGGUUGAGAGCUAUUCCUGCUUUAGAAAUGUCAGCACUUGAAGAACAUUUUUCACACAUAAUGAGGGAAAUGCUGUUUGAGGUUUGGAGGACUUCACAGGGUUAUGGAAAAAUAUUAGUCAAGAAUGGAAAAUGUGAAAUCCCAAAGUGGGGGCAAUUGUGUAAAGUGUUUUGUUUAUGAUGCUUAUUACGCUGCAUCCAACAACGGAAGCCUGAAUUCUUGCAGUAAAAUGUAGCAAGCUGUUUUUAUUUUUUAUAUUCUUAGAUUCUGAAGGUGUUAAUACUGUUUCAUAAACCUGAAAACAAGGGCUGAGAAACAAAGCUUAAUAUAUGUAAAAAUGUUCAAAAACAUUCUCAAAAGAGUAAUCAG